AUUUUACAAUAUUCUUUCUUGGUAUUAACAUCACCAUUUUCUUCAUUCUUUUUCUAUGUGUUUUUUUCUCUUCUUUUUUUCUGCCUCCUCCUUGUAACUGCUCCUCCUCUGUUAUUCUCAUGACCUCUAUCAAUCUUCCCUCUCUCUGUUUCUCUUCAUCAUCCUCAUCAUCAUCACCAGCUAAUCAUCUUCAUCACCAUCAUCAUUAUUGUGCUUCUUCAUCAUCUCCAUCAUCUUCAUCAUCCUCAUUUUCAUCAUCUUCACCAUUCACAGUAUCAUCAACAAGAUGAUACGAAAUUGUACUUUAUUCAGUAGCAGUAACAAAUCAUCAUCAUCAUCCUCAUCAUCAUCCUCAUCCUCAUCAUCUUCAUCACCUUCAUCAGCAUCCACCUUUACCUUUAACAACCAUCAACAAUUUCGACAAAAUUUUCUCACCUUAACUCGUUAUCAUUCCCAAUUUGCAAUAAGGUUAAUCUUAUUGUGGUUAAUUGUGACAGUUCAAUUUUCCGAUGCCAUCAAAUGGCUAGCACUUCUUCAAAGUUCAUCAUCAAUGACAACAAUUAACUCAGCGGAUAUUUGUGAAGCCUUUAAAGGUUUAACUAAGAAACAGAUACAAAUAUGUAAACGUAAUGUUGACCUAAUGGAAUCUGUUAAAGUGGGCGCUGAUUUAGCGCUAAAAGAGUGCCAAAAACAAUUACGUGAUCGAAGGUGGAACUGUUCAACCCUCGAAGGACCCAAAGGUUUUGGUAAAAGUUUAACCGAGGGAACCAGAGAAUCGGCUUUUGUCCAUGCGAUCACAUCAGCUGGUGUUUCUUAUGCAGUGACCAAAGCUUGUAGUUCGGGUAAUUUAUUACAUUGUGGUUGUGAUAGAACUUUUUUCGGACCAGCAAACGGUUUCCAUUGGGCAGGUUGUUCAGAUAAUAUCGCAUUUGGAACAGCAUUUUCUAAAACUUUUAUCGAUGCUCGUGACCUUAGGACAACUCGUACAAAGCGAAAUACAAUGAUCGGUGCUCGAGCUUUAAUGAAUCUACACAAUAAUGAAGCCGGACGAAAGGUUGUCCUUAAUAACAUGAGGAUAGACUGUAAAUGUCACGGUGUUUCCGGUUCCUGUGACAUGAAAACUUGCUGGAGGCAAUUGCCUUCAUUCAAACAAGUUGGAUCAAUUUUGAGGCAGAAAUUUGACUCAGCCACCGAGGUCCAUAUUCAAACUUUACUCAAUGCACUUCAACCUUCACCCACAACCCAUGCAAUUGAUUUACAGCCUGAAAUCAGGUUGAAAAAAUCCCAACACAAAAAGAGAUCUCGUAAAAUAAAAUUAUCAAACAAAACGAUAACAGCAUCAGUAUCAAAUUCCGGAUAUAAGCCACCAAGUGAUUCGGAUCUUGUUUACCUUCACUCAUCACCUGAUUAUUGUGAGAAAGAUGAAAAAUCAGGUUCACCCGGAACUCAUAAUAGAAUUUGCAAUGGAACCUCUUCCGGUGCCGAUGGAUGUGAUACACUUUGCUGCAAUCGAGGAUUCACCCGACGCUACGAAGCAAUCAAAGAAAAGUGUAACUGUAAAUUUUUUUGGUGCUGUCAAGUUGAAUGUGAAGAAUGUACUCAACAAAUUGAGAUUAACACUUGCUUGUGAAUAUAAAUACGAUAAUAUAAUAAUUAGAAUAACAAUUAACCAUAGAUCAUCAACAUCAACCUCAUUAUCAUCCUCAUCUUUAUCAACCUCGCCCCUGAUAAAUACGGAAACAAAAUUAUCAAUGGAAUCAUCAACUCUCUCUCUCUCUCAAUUUAUCUUAUAUUUUGUUUUGUUUUUGUUUAAGAAAAAAACUUUUAGUAAAACUUUUUUUUUCGUGUUGAUGUUUUGGUUUCAUUUCAAUCAACCUACACACUAACUACAACAAUUAAUAAAUAAACAUAUCAU